CGUAUAUAUUAAGUCGUAUAUAAAUUUGAUUUUGUAUUCAUAUCUCAGUUGAAAAUAUUUACGGGCAAUAAACUAUGUGAAAAUUCAGAAGGGAGCCUGAGUUCAGCAUUGACAAAUUCCACCGUGAUAAGACCAUAGAAGGUCUUCUAUACACAAAAAAAAAUUGUUUGAUACAAACACCAUUAAUAGUCAUGUGUUGAGUAAUAAAUCAAGGCAUAAUCAGUUGUCAAUUGUUAAAAAAAAUUGAGAGUGUAAAGUGUGAUCUUUAACCCUUCAUUGUUCUCUCUCUCAUAUUGAUUUUUUGUCCCACUUAUCACGUACACUAUUCUGUGCCUUUUAUUCUUAGUAAGAUUGGAUGAGUUUAUUGACAACAAACAAUUCAAGUGUAAAAUAUGGUGUGCCUUAUUAGCUUGGUUUGACACUAUUGGUUGACAUAAUCACAUUGGAGAAUUAUACAUAUCCCAUGCUAAGAUACAAGUAAUUGUCCUAUAGCCAAUAAUUUAUCUGCAUCUAUCUCAUCCCAUCCAUCAACCUUAUUGAUUUGAAAAGCCAGCCAAAGGCCACUUGACAUCUGAUCUACUAUUAAAAUCGCAAAUCAACACACUGCUUUUGGGAAAUAAUAAACAACACAUAGUAACACAUGCACUGAUGCAAUUUUAAAUUUUUAAUUAAUCCACUUUGAAAAAUAAGCACUGAAUGAAAACGGUAGUUUAUUGAUAACCAUAGUCUGUAAUACCGUAGUUAGUGUUUUAAUUAUUUUUUAUGGAAUAGCUGAUUAGUGAUAAACAUAGUUAACAACAAAGAAAGACCAAAAGGAAACAAAGAAGACCAAAGUCCAAAACCAUAGUUUGUUGAUAACCAGAGUGUAAAAACCGUAGUCAUUAGUUAAUAAUUUUUUAAUGCAAUUGCUGGUAGCCAUGGUUGAAACUAAUCAUCAAAAGGAAGCAAUGAAGAAAGAAAGAGAAGCACAGCGUUGACUUUUAAUUUGUUGCAAACCUCUCUGUCUAAGGGAAAAAGAAAUGGCUGCUGCUGUUGCUGUUGUUGUGGGAGAAGCGUUGCUCUCAGCUGCCGUGGAAGCAUUGGUUGGGAAGAUCUCCACUGAGAUAUCGGAGUUCUAUCGGAGCAAGAAUCUCGAUGAAUCGCUGCUGGAGAAGCUGAAAUUGACGCUGCUAAGCCUUCAUGCUUUUCUGAAUGAUGCUGAGGAGAAGCAGAUCAGCAACGCUGCUGUGAAGGCAUGGAUGGAUGAACUCACUCAAGCUCUCUUUGAUGCCGAUGACUUGAUCGAUGAUAUCGCCACCGACGCUCUCCGUCGCAAAGUCGAGGCCAACUAUCGUCACCGUCAAACUGUCACGGCUAAGGUGCGGAAGGUGCUUUCCUCUCCUUUCAAGCGGCCUUACCAAGAGAUCAAUUCUCAGAUGCAGAAAUCAUUCGAAAGAUUGGAGCAUUUUGCUCAAAGAGCACACAACCUUCCAUUGGAAAAGGGUGUUUCCCGUAGUGUUUGGCGUGCAACACCUACAAAUUCUGCUGUGGAUGAUUCUGCUAUUUGUGGGAGGGAUGAUGAAAAACAGAACCUUAGAGAGUAUUUACUGUCAGAAGAUGCUGUUGCUGAUGGUGGCAGUAAAAUAGGAGUUCUUGCCAUUGUUGGCAUGGGAGGGCUCGGGAAAACGACCCUCGCUAAACUCUUAUACAAUGAUGCUCAAGUUAGAGAAAAGUUCCAUGUGAAAGCAUGGGUAUCUACCUCGAAAGAUUUUGAUGUUGUCAAGCUGACAAAAUCUCUUCUUGAAUCAGUCACGUCUGCAGCAACAAAUUUGGAUAACUUCGAUACGUUGCGAGCUGAAUUGCAAAAGAACUUAUCUGGUAAAAGAUUCUUGCUUGUAUUGGAUGAUAUAUGGAAUGUAAAGUAUGUUGAUUGGACCAAUCUGAUGCACAUUUUUAAUGUUGGGCAAUUGGGAAGCAAAAUCAUUGUUACAACUCGACAUGAAAGAGUUGUGAGUGUUGUAAAUGCUACACAAACCUGCCCUCUAAAACCACUGGUGAAUGAAGAUUGUUGGACUUUAAUUUCAAAACAUGCAUUUGCAACAGAUAAAUGCACUGAGCAGUCCAACCUAGAAGAAACUGGAAGAAAAAUUGCCGAAAGGUGUGGUGGCUUGCCAUUAGCUGCAGUUGCAUUGGGUGGUGUUCUUCGCACAAAGUUAUCAAAUGAUUACUGGAAUAAAGUGUUAACUAGCAACCUUUGGAAUCUGACAAAAGAGGAUGUGCAACCAGCUCUUCUAUUGAGCUAUCAUUUCCUUCCAGCUUCUUUGAAACAAUGCUUUGCUUAUUGUGCAAUUUUCCCAAAGAACUCGAAGCUGCAAAAAGAGAAGGUAGUUCAGCUAUGGAUGGCACAGGGAUUUGUUUCUGUGUCCCAAAAUGAGAAAAGCAUUGAAGAAGUAGGCGGCGAAUACUUUGAUGAACUUGUGGCAAGGUCAUUGAUACGACGUUCUGCGGAUGGGGAACACUUUGAAAUGCAUGACCUCAUCAACGAUUUGGCAACAAUGGUUUCUUCCACAUAUUGUAAGAGGCAUGACAAUGAAAAGCAACUUGGAAAUCUAACUGAAAUUCGUCAUUUAUCUUAUGAUAAAAGUAUGUUUAACCAUUUUGGCGAACUUGAUUCCCUUCAUGGAUUGAAAGGCUUACGUACACUCAUAGCAUUACCAUUUGAUGAUCCGUACUGGAGGCAUUACCUAUCGAAUGGGGUAUUGCAUGAGUUGUUGGUAGCAUUGAAACAGUUGAGGGUGUUAUCCCUGUCACAGUGCUACAGGACUAUCAAUGUUUUGCCGAAUUCUAUUGGCGAUUUAAAGCAUUUGCGACAUCUAGAUCUAUCUUCCACUGGAGUUAAAACGUUACCUCCUGCAAUAUGCAAGCUCUACAAUCUACAGACCUUGUUGUUAUCUGAUUGUAGGGACCUAACUGAGUUGCCUGAGGAGAUGGGAAAAUUGGUGAAUCUACACCGCCUUGAUAUUGAUGGUACUAAUUUGCAGGAGAUGCCCGUAGAAAUAGCCAAACUAGAAAAUCUGCAAACUCUGACUCGUUUUAUUGUCAGCGAACAACAAAACGGGAUGAAGCUUGCAGAAAUGAGAAAAUUUCCCCAUUUAAAAGGUAAACUCUGCAUCUCAAAACUAGAAAAUGUUAUUGAUCCGUCUGAUGCUUGUCAAGCCAAUUUGAAGGAGAAAAACCAAAUUGAGGAGUUAUCAUUGGAAUGGAGUCAUUCCAGUUUGGAAGACUCCCAUCAAGUUGUACUUGAACAUCUGCAACCCUCAACUAAUUUGAAGAAAUUGACCGUUAAAUGCUAUGGUGGAACUUGCUUCCCUAAUUGGUUGGGUGAUUCCUCGUUUGGCAACACAGUGAGUUUGAGGAUUGAAGAUUGUCAUCAUUGUUGUUCAUUGCCACCUCUUGGACGACUACAUAGUCUAAAAGAACUCUUCAUUUCGAGUAUGAAAUCAGUGAAGAGUAUUGGGUCUGAAUUUUACGGAGGUAAUUCCCCUUCAUUCCAGCCAUUUCCGUCCUUGGAGACUUUGAGUUUUGAGUCGAUGGCAGAGUGGGAGGAAUGGAACAUGAUAGAUGGUAUAACUAGUGAGUUUCCCUGUCUAUCAAAGCUAUCUUUGAGAAGAUGUCCGAAACUGAAAGGAAAAUUACCCAGCAAUCUUCCUUGCUUAAUUGAACUUGAUGUAGAGGAUUGUUGUGUACUUGAAUCAGAGUCUUCAGGAGAAGUGGAUAACAGAAACAUAAUGAGACCAAUGAAUGUAUUCAAUUUUAACUCUCUUCAACAAUUAUCUCUCUAUAAAAUUCCUUCUCUGACGUCCUUCCCGAGCAAUGGUCUGCCCAAAGCGUUAAAGACACUUUCUAUCCUAUUUUGUGAGAACCUUGAAUUCCCAAGUCAUGAGUUCCUUCAUAGUUGCAAGGCACUUGAGGAAUUGGUGAUAUCGAGUAGCUGUUGCUCGCUGACGUCAUUUCCCUUAGGUUCUCUCCCUGUGCUCAAGCAUCUUGAUCUUUGGGAUUGUAAAAAUUUGAAAUCAAUUUCAGUUUCGGAAGAAGCAGCAAGCCAGUCUCGCAUGUUUCUUGAACAUCUCGAAGUAUACAAAUGUCCUGAACUGGAGUCGAUUUGCCUACCCGAUUUGUGCACUCCUAACCUGAGUUCUUUUACGGUAAUGAGAUGCGACAAGAUGAAUUCAUUACCAGAACCAAUUAAUAAUCUCAGUGGCCUCCAAACAUUAUGGAUUAGUGAUGUUCCGAAUUUGGAAUCCAUUGCAGAAGAGGUUUUGCCUAUCAAUUUAAGGACACUUGGUCUCGGCAAUAAAGAAGGGGUUUACAGCAAUACAGCUAUCACCAAUUGGGGCUUGGACCGACUCGCUUCUCUUUCAGAAUUGCAUAUUCAAGGUGAGUAUCUGGUUAAGAAGCUGAUGGAAAUACAAGUGCCUCUGUUGCCCAAUUCUCUCGAGACCCUAUACAUACAUGGUGCAGGUGAAAUACAACAUUUAGAUGGCAAGUGGCUUCAGCAUCUCACCUCUCUCAAAACUCUUAAGUUGUAUGAAUGUGACAAGCUCAAGUCAUUGCCAAAAGAAGGGCUGCCUUCCUCAAUUUCACAUCUAAAUAUGAGUGGAUGCCCAAUGUUGAGAGCAAGUUAUGAGAGAAAGAAAGGGAAAGAGUGGUCUAACAUUCCUCAUAUCCCAUUCAUAUUCUCUGAUUGGUCUAUGAGGCCUAUGUCUGAGAAGGAAAUUUACCCAGCAAUCUUUUUUUAUUAGACUUGUGGUAAUUGAUUGUUCACUACUGGGAUCACAAAUUUCAGGUGAAGUGGAUGGCAGAAACACCAUGAGAUCACAAAUUUCCUUCUCUAACUUCCUUCCCCAACAAUGGUCUUUCCAAAAUGCUAGAUACACUUCAGCAGUAUAAAAAUUUUCACAUUCAACUAAAAUCCCAAAAUUAUUCACUACAAUAGCAAUUUUAAAAACAAAACCAUAUGAUUGGGUUGACAAUACUGUAUCGGAUCAUAAACCAAUUUUAUAGCUGUAGACCAAAAUCAAGGCAUAAUCUGUUGUCAAUGUUGUAUAGCAGAGAAGACACAAUUAUGGAUGAAGGGAAAAAUGAUGAGUCAUUUGCAUGCAGAGUGAAAAUAAGCACCAUGUGAAGUGAAAAUAAUCAUAUGGUUGAUGAUUCCAUUGGGACAUAAUUUUUGUGCAGCAAAAAUACAUUUUAGCAGAGAAUCCUACCAUCAGGUAUAAGGUCUUUUGUGACUAAAUGAAGAUUUUCUUUUUCUCAAGGAAUUCGCAGGUUGCCCACUUUAACAAAGAAUGUUAUGCUCCGAACUUUUCUUCUUACUCUUAUUCUACGCCAAUAAUCUUACAAAAUGCUUUGCCAAAGAAAUGAUCUCCGAACUUUUUUCUUUCUUCUUCUUAUUA